UCACCUGAAGAGGAGAAGAGAGAAAGAGAGAAAAAUGGCAGGGCAAGAAGGUUUUGUGGAGGCAGAGAAUGCAGAAGCAAUCAUAAUUAGAAUUGAGUACAAGUCCCGAAAGAUCGAUAGCUUAUUCAAACAGUCUAAACCUGUUGAGGCCUUCAAGACCGCUCUCGAAGGCUCACCCCCGAAGACCAAAGACGAAAGAUACAAAGCGAAUUGGAGAGUGUUGCAUUGUGCAAUGAUGGCCAUAAAGAUGUUGACGGGGAUGUUCUCUUCAUUGGAUCCUGAGCACUGUGACACCCUCAUGAAGUACUUGUAUAAAGGUUUGGCUACGGCAGACCGCCCCACAUGUGGACAGCGCCUGCAGAUUCAUGAAAAGCUAACCCAGAGAACUGGUUUAUGUUGCAUAUCGAUCACUUUCUGA